CGCCUGUGCCUGAGCGUUUGUCUGCAGUGUGAAACCCAACCAAAUGUUCGAGGUAGAAACUUACAAAGUUCGUGGGUGCUUGUUCUUGGACGGAGGAGUGCGACUGGUCUUGAAGAUGCCGAGGUGUUUGCACGCGACUGCGAGUGUUUUGAGCCGUCUCGAGGAAGCAUGGGAAUAGUGCUGCUACAGCACAAGCGUACAGUUUGGCAGUUUUUUUUGUUAUUUUUUUUUAAAACGGGUAGUGCUAAACAACUUCUGUUUUUCAUCGGAACCUUUUUCGCAUAGUAGUAAUAAUGUCGUGUAGCUCUUCAUAAAUCAGUUCGCUGUGUGCAGACAUUAAAGAUCAGAUAGAAAUAAGCAAGUGGUUGCAGGUGGCUUGAAUAUUUUAGUUUUAUUUGCAUGCAUAUAUUGUAUAACACAACUGUAUGCGAGAGCUGUCUAGAAAUGUAUCAUAAUUAUACAUAUUACAGUGUGCGUUAACUACAAGCUUUCAUAAAAGCCUUAGGUGACUUAUGAGAGUGUUAUGGAAUAGUGAAUGACUUCUUUUGAGUCGGGUCUCUUGAAUGAAUCCGUAGAACCGAUUCAUAAAAGCAUUCUGAACAAUUUGUGAGCACGAAUAGUAUCGAAGCGUUCGGCGCGGUCCUCUAAUAACCCAAUAACGAACAAAGUAAAACGUAUUGUAAAUGUUUAUUACGCGAUGGUAUGUUUUAUCAACACGCGCGAAAUAGGGUUAACGUUUUAUUAAAUAAACGUUCGUUAUGCAUUCGCAAACAAAUGUAAAUAAACUUCUUCUCUGUUUUAAGGUACAGAUCUUUGUUUUCGAAAUGACUUCGGCAUUUAAAUCACUAAAAACACGUGUUAAGACUUAAAAUAACGUAGUAACUAAACAACGUUGUGUGGCUUUUGGAACGGUGUUAAAAUGCCACGGCAAGAUGUCACGGGGCACGUUGUGACGUAAUUACGCAAUCGCGUAGAACUAUAACUGAACCGAAUCUUUGAAGUGUGCCGUUCUAAAGAACCGAUUCGCGGAAAUGAAUCCGAGUUGCCGUAAGUAUUAUGGUAUCUGAUGGAUGCUGUUGUGUUUGUGUUGAGCAGGCAGAGUGAAUGUGAAGGCAGGUGUGAGUUCACCUCCAGCCAUGACCUCGGGCAGCGGCAACAAUACGCCCACGGUGACCGGCAGCGCUCCGCAAAAUGGCGAGAGUAAACCGCCGCCACAGGCAGUGGUGAAGCCCCAGAUCCUCACUCAUGUCAUCGAGGGAUUCGUGAUUCAGGAGGGAGCUGAGCCUUUUCCAGUUGAACGUCCGUCCUUGUUGAUUGAGAAUUUAAAGAAGCAGAAGCAGCAUCAGGCUUAUUCAGACCUAGAUAAGAGGUCACAGACCUUUCAAAGUGCAGACUCUGAGAUGGAGGAUCUUUCGCAGCAAGAGCUGAAUAGUCAGAAUGCCGAGCCAAUGCUGUCAUGUGAAUUCUGUGGAGCCGUAGACUUCGCGUAUAACUUCAAGAGAUCCAAGAGGUUUUGUUCCACUGUGUGCGCAAAGAGGUACAAUGUUGGAUGCACAAAGCGCAUGGGACUUUUCCCAAGAAAAUCAACCUCAGAGAACCCAAAGAAACAGAAAGCCUCCAACGCCAAUCAUCAUAACAGCACCGCUGAUGUCAGGAAACGGGUAAUCACCGUUUCUUCCCGUCGCGUUGCAGUUCGAGAGCUCCCUCUCCUGACGCAGCACUUCCUGGCCAGCGACCCCACCAAGUGGAACGUUGAGGACGUCUAUGAAUUCAUCUGCUCUCUGCCAGGUAGAUGGCUUUUUUUUGUUUUGUUUUGUGCGCGUCACAAAUGACUUAAUUAUCACUAAUA